GUUCAAAAGUGGGCGAUUUGGGAUGAAAUACCCCAUAUGUAGUGGCAGUAUAUUAAAUUAUAUUUCAAAUAUGUAUACAAGUUAAUUAAAAUUUUUUUUUAUUUUCAAUAUGAAACUUUAGACGAUGCUACAGCUUUGAGAAACAACUUUUAUGGUGAACCAAUGAGGAUACGAACGUUAAAAAUAACAACAUAUAGCCCUCAAAUUCCCAAUAAUGACAAAAGUCAGCAGAAGCCUAUAACAAAAACGAGUCAAGCCAGUUCACUAAUGAGAAAAUCUCAACAUUCAGGGAAGCGUUACCGAGGUCUCUUACCGUCUGGAAAUGGAGAUUCUUCCAGCGAAGAAGCUGAACAAACACAUGAUGACGCAAUACUAGAUGGACAUGAUCCAGAAAACCAAGAUGUUGGUGAUGUUGACACUAUAGUGGAACACGACGAAGAUUCUGAGAGUAAUGGAAAUGACAAUGUUACGCAAGAAAGGUAUCCUGAGUUAGAGCAGAGAGUUAUUGUCGAAGGUGGAAAU